AUGGCUUCAGCCAACACAGUGGAGGCCAGAUUUUACGAGGAUGAUCUUGGUCUUCUUUAUUUUACGGGGUCAGAUAAGAACGGCAGACUUACGGGAGUCUCGGCUCAAAAAUCGAUAGGCUUGGGGGCACAUGAUUUCCAAGCAGAAGGGGAGUGCCCCACAAUGACUGAUUUCUUUUCUAUUAAUGAGUGA